AUGUCUUCAUCAUGGGAAGUUGAAACCGAGUACCAAGUUGAGACAACAUGGAUCGACCUCCGUGUAGUCAUGUUCCACCACGGUGACUACCUUCUCUAUCAUGUUCCGCUUCGAUCUUCCGACGAGGGGAUUGAUGUCAUACUCAAACUCAAGCGGUCUCUUGUGGCCUCUCGCGGAUGGUGGACGAACACUUUAAUGAAGGUUGUUCCAUUUCUAACGCCGGUAGUCUAUAACGCAACAAUGUGCCCAGUACCAAUCGAGGCUAUCUCUCGGGACCUCCCCUGCAUCGUUGACAUUGGAGCCGAAUAUCGCUGUCACGUUCUGACAAAGGCUUUGCACAACCCCAGAGAGUUCCCGAUUGGGUGCGACUUCGUUUCCUCGUAUCGCCGUUUCUCAGCUUUAGUCGAGACGCCUGGCACUCUUCGUGCUAGAGAUGUAUUAUUGAUUCGCUUGGAGAUUGACAAGCUGAUUCUCUCAGCGAUUAUUUUGUUGUCCAUCAUCCUAUCGAUUAUCUGUGGGGUCGUGGCGGGUUUUUGUUGGAAGAGUUUAGAUACUGGGCUGGGCGUGUUUGGCGCUGUCAUAGGCGUGGAUGGUAUCGUGAUGGGACAACUAGAUAAUGCCAGUUCCUUUGCAGGUUUACCGCUGGACACUGGCAUGGCCAAAUAUGUCUAUACAAGGAUCCACAAGAAAAUGCAAUUUAGAUUUAGGCUUUGUUGUACUUCGUACUUAGGCUCAUAA